AUGGGAGACGAAGUCACACAAAAGAUAGAGAAGGAGGUGGAAGACCUCCAGGGCGCCCUUAAGGAGCAGUUAAAGGCACAAAGGGAUCUUGGGGAUCUGGAAACGAAUCUGAAAUCGGAAACGUUCACAUUGGAAAAAACAACUGAAGAGCACAAGGCAGCUACUGAAGAGGCCAAGAACAAGUUGUUCUGGAAGAACUUCAAAUACUUCCUUAUUGCAGGAAUAUUAAUAAUAUUGGUUCUAUUUGGGAUCUUUGGAAACAUCUUCAAAGGGUGA